AUGUCCCAUAACAUACUCAACCGCCUUGCAAAGUCUGGCGUAUCCGGAGGCAGCAUGCUCAGCGCGUCCGCUCCCAUCAUGACAGCGCUGGCCCAGCAAAAUCAAGCAAAAUCACAACCUCUCCCGCUAUCUACUGUCGCAAAGCUGCUCACCCGCUUCCUCUUCGGCGAAAUUCAGCUCCCUCCUGUCCUCCAGCAAUACGGCCAACUGAUGCUAGUAUUUACAGGUGGUGCAGCAAUAGCAUCAAGUCUAUACUACUUUUUCCAAAACCACAAGGAGAACCGCGCAAAAGUUCAGCUCGCUGUCUUCCAUGUCAUCCGCAUGGUCGAGAACCUUCCAGACUUACAAGCGCAGUUGCAAGACCCGCGCGCACUAAUUGCACAGAUGGAUAAGGAGGUGACUCGAAUGAUUGGUCUGCAUCUCUCGAAGACCGAGGCGGGCAGUGCAAUGGUGGAGCUUAAGAGGAAAGUCUGGGCUGUUGCUGAUGAGAAGAUGAAAAAUGAGAAGAGAAUGAAGAAAGAUGGCGAGACGAUACAAGAGGCCGAAGCCACAAUCUCGGGGCUGUUUGCACCAGCAGAGGUCCGCGUUCAAGCACCAUACCAGAGCGAAAUUCCUCAAAUCGUCAUCAGAUCGCCAUCCACGGAAAAUGAUAUCCAAAUGCAGCUACAGGAAGCAGUAGAGGAUGAGGAGGAAGUGUCAGAUGUCAGUAUGCUCGAUAUCGACGACAAAAAGUCAGUGCAAAAGUCUCCGUCGCCUAAGCAUCGCUCUGCAUACACGAGCCCAGCUCAAGCGCCCCUGUCUACAUCAUCGCCAGCUCGUAGCCUAUAUACGAGCCCAAAUCAGCCGCCUCAAUCAAGUCAGGGUCGCAGCACCUAUAGGUACCCAUCAUCGUCAGAAUCUGGUGAAGGGCCCCCCUCGCCAACACCAGCGCCACGGCCGAGGAACACAACCCCUCAAACUGCUCGAACGAGUUAUGGUUUCUCGUACGACGAUGACGAACUCUACUCCUCUGUCUCAGCUUCCUCAUCUAUAAAGACCUCUCCAGCCGAGCAGCAACCUCAACAGCCUCAACAACCACCAAUACCGCGUUUCAUCAAAAAGCCUCGGAACAUACUACAAGCCGCCAUCCUCCGAGCAUUCGAUCCAAACGCCCUCGGCAACCGCCCAUAUGAGUCUCCUGUCCUUGGUAAAUUGAAAGGGAUGCAAUCGCCUCGUCAGAUCGAGGUCGAAGCUCCUCCAGUCAGCAUCGCUACCAAGACGGGUGGAAAACUGACAGGCACCCCGCUCACGUGCAUACACGAGAGCGAUUCGCCACAAGAGAGCCCCCUUCCAGGGACCGCAGAGUACCGUGUUUCAGAGAGCCGAACGUUCUAUAAGAAUGUAGUGGAUGCAAGGGAGAAGCGGCGGCUGGUUAAGAGGUUACUUAGGCCUGAGGCGGUGAUAGAGCAUGGACAGAUCCAGAGCCCAGCGCCAGUUGGUUUUAAGGAGAUAGCCUCCGGCCAGGAGUGGCCUGUCCCUGUUUCGACUUCCUCCUCACAGAGUGAGGACGAUAAGUCACGGGAGCAUGGUCAUAACUCGCCGAUAGCACCCUUCGACGGCCCUCCUACAGCAACGCCCAUUUCCCCUAUCAUAUACGCUCCACCGAGCGAUGUUGAAUUACAGGAGGUCCCUUCUCCGAUCUCAGAUCCUGCUCCUUCAUCAACUGUCAUCGAGGCGAAAACGGCAGGGAUCACCGUCAUCUCAACGGUUCAGCACUCUGGGCCUCAGACGCCUACGCCUGCGUAUACUCCACCAAGGGUUGUAGCCAGCCCGUCGCCGACAACGUUGGCCAAGGUAUCAUCCAAGGCUCGCACGCCUUCGCCACCGAAGCGCAAACAAGGUCGUUCAAGGAAAGUGGUCGGUGAACUCCAGACGCCCAGUCAGGUGCAGACACCAGGGACGCGUCAGAGUGCCCGGAAGUCGGCGUACAAGGGAAUGUAUGGGAAGUAG